AUGUCCACUCCAACGAAUCCCUCAAACGCUCGAACCCCAACGGGACCAAAUGGCGCACCGAUGAGAAUGCGCCGCCCAAAAGCAGCAGAUCCAUUGGUUCGACCCAAAAGAAGGCCUCUCCCCAAAGCAGCCACAGCUGCCGUGGGUGGCUACAGGACAGCUACCAAGACGUUGCCCUCGCGCCCAUCGGAGUCUGCCAACGUUUUCCAGUCAGACAGACCUAUGAUAGAGCUUUCAAACAAUAAUAUGUCGGCAAACGGAUUCAGUGGACCUCUACUCAGCGACAAAUACUUUGACUAUCCGGUUGUGACAACAAAGCGAGCUCUACUGGAGGGAAUGAAGCACCAUGUUGCACGAUUUGCCUCGAAGAAAAGCGUGGACCCACGCGAUGAAUCUCAGUUUACACGACCAGUUCGACUUCACCGCCGGGACCCGCGUUCGCGAACACAAGAUUCGAAUUCGGGCAGAACCGAGGUGGAUGGCGAGCCGAUGGAUGCAGCCGAACGUGAAGCAUAUGAUGCCAGGAAAGAUGCACGCGAGAAAGAGCGCGCUCAGAACCUAGCUCAGAUUGCUCCUGCGCUUGGAUCAACUUCGAAACGACCAAACGCCCCCAAACAGAAGACACAGCAAGUUUUCAAGUCAGACAUGACACCCGAGGAGAUCGCCAGAGCCAGAAUCAAGUACGAAGAGGCUUUGCCAUGGCACUUGGAAGAUUUUGAUAACCAGCACACCUGGGUAGGAAACUACGAAGCUGCUUUGUCCGAAACACACGCAGUGUUCAUUUUGGACAAUGGCAAGAUGCGAAUGGUUCCGGCCGAGAAGUGGUACAAAUUCAGUGCCAAGAGCAACUUCAAGGCGUUGACGAUUGAGGAAGCCGAGAAAUUCAUGGCCAAGAGAGUGAAAGACCCGCGUUGGUUCAUGGAAAAGCAGCAGCAAUUGGAACAAGAGAAAGAAAUGGAAACCUGGGGCAAGCAGCGGAAAGUCUACGCCGGAAAGCAAGGCAUACAGGCGGGCAAAGGCGAGGGACUGGAGGCUGGCGAAAUGGACUUUGAAGAGGAUCGAUUCGCAGACGAUGAGGAGCAUGAUGACCUCUUCAACGAAGACGAGGAUGCAAAAGAGGCCGAAAAGAGAAUCAAAGAAGACCAGCUCAAAGCGAACGUGUUCAAUCUGAAGGAUGAGAAGGAGUACGACGCAGAAGAAGUUCGAGAGAAGCGAGAGCGUGAGGCUCGACGUGUGCUGGGUAAGGGCGUGCGUAAGGCGCUGAAGAAGAGAGAAAGAAACUACGAUUACAGCAGUGGCUCGGAUGUCAAUCCAUACUCGGACGAGGAGAGCUCCGAUGACAGCGAGACAGAGCGUGCCAAGGAAGAAGAGCGGAAGAAGGCAGAAGAGGAAAAGAAUCAGAAAGAGUCUGGAACCUCCACCAAGGGCACCAAUACGCCCUCCGGUCGACCCAAACACACAGAUGCCCUGAAGAAAGCGGCUGGAUCUCGGAAGAGACUUGGGUCGCCGAACGCCUCCGAUGCCAGCGGUACCGAUACCUCUCGAAAGAAGGCCAAAAACAUGCACUCCGCUACAUCCCAGCCUCCAUCGCGUCCAAUUUCACCAUCGGUCAUGCAAACUGGCAAGAAACGUGUUCGAAACAUUCCUCCUGGUGGCGCUGGAUCUGGCAGUGAUGUCGACACUGGUGCCGGAUCUGGAGCAGAAAUGACUGAAAGUGGCAAGAUCAAGAAGUUGAAACUCAACCCUCCCACAGGUUCUCGUUCUGGCACCCCGCAAGGCUCCCGGGCUGCUAGUCCCAUGGCAGGUGGCCGAGUACCUGGAAGUCGUGCCAGCAGCCCCGAAGGUCUGAAACACCAGGGUGGUGUGUCGACUCCGAGUUCCGGCAAUCAGACUUUCCCAACUUCUGGAGAAAUCCACGCGGCGAUUCCAGCAACCGGCAUUCUUAGUGGUGAUCUCUUGAAGAUAUUCCGUCCUCGCAUUGGCGAAUCUAAGGAGAAUCAUCGGAAGUUCAUCGCAAUUGUCAGGGGUGUUAGUGUUUACGGCAAGGAAGAUCGAAUGCUGCGCCCAGGCACAUUGAAGGGAAAUGGAAAUUGA